AACGAAAAACGCCAAAACCAAUCCCAAAAUUGAACUCCAACUUCUUCUCCAUUGCAAUUUGCAAUUUGCAAUACGUAGCUCCAAUCCAGAUCCUCUCUUCUCCUGUUACCACAAGUUCUGCCAAAUCGCACAAAGGGCUGUUACUGUGUCUUCUCGGGACGGACGUAAUUUGGGUAUUUGGUGAGGUGGCAUGUCUCUGUUUGGAAAUGUCUCCACCAUCAACUCAAGUGGAAAGUGUACAAUAAUGAAUCUUUCAAGGACACAGAUCAGUUCAAGAGAUUGUUUUAACAUUGCCUCAGGGCACAUGGAUGUAUUGGCCUUUGGACACAGUGAUGCUAUGGGUCACCGAUUGCAAUUCCCAGGUGUCCGUUCUUUAAUAACAAGAACGAAGAAGAAUGUCUCCCCUUUGAAGGUAGUUUGCGUUGAUUAUCCAAGACCAGAGCUUGAGAACACGUCUAAUUUCUUGGAAGCUGCUUACUUGUCUUCAACAUUCCGAACUUCCCCCCGUCCAGCUAAACCACUGGAAAUUGUAAUUGCUGGUGCAGGUCUGGCAGGUUUAUCAACUGCCAAGUAUUUAGCUGACGCAGGUCACAAGCCAAUUUUAUUAGAAGCAAGAGAUGUUCUUGGUGGAAAGGUUGCUGCUUGGAAAGAUGAUGAUGGAGAUUGGUACGAGACAGGCUUACACAUAUUCUUUGGAGCUUACCCAAAUGUACAGAACCUGUUUGGAGAACUUGGCAUUAAUGAUAGAUUGCAGUGGAAGGAGCAUUCUAUGAUAUUCGCAAUGCCAAACAAGCCUGGAGAAUUUAGUCGGUUUGACUUCCCAGAUGUUCUGCCUGCACCAUUGAAUGGAAUUUGGGCUAUAUUGAGGAACAAUGAAAUGCUGACAUGGCCUGAGAAAGUAAAAUUUGCAAUAGGGCUCCUGCCUGCAAUGUUAGGUGGACAGGCUUAUGUCGAGGCUCAAGAUGGUUUGAGUGUUAAAGACUGGAUGAGAAAGCAAGGCAUACCAGAUCGAGUUACUACGGAGGUGUUUAUUGCCAUGUCAAAGGCAUUAAACUUCAUAAAUCCAGAUGAACUUUCAAUGCAAUGUAUUCUCAUUGCUCUUAACCGGUUUCUUCAGGAGAAGCAUGGUUCAAAGAUGGCAUUUUUAGAUGGAAGCCCACCUGAAAGACUUUGCAUGCCAGUCGUUGAGCAUAUUGAGUCGCUAGGUGGCGUAGUCAGGCUUAAUUCCCGAAUACAAAAGAUCGAGUUAAACAAAGAUGGAACUGUUAGGAACUUCCUACUGAAUGAUGGGAAUAUUAUCCAAGGCGAUGCUUAUGUAUUCGCUACUCCAGUAGACAUUCUGAAGCUUCUUUUGCCUGAAGAUUGGAAACCAAUUCCAUACUUCAAAAAGUUGGAGAAAUUAGUUGGUGUUCCAGUUAUAAAUGUUCAUAUAUGGUUUGAUAGGAAACUCCGGAACACCUAUGAUCACCUACUCUUUAGCAGGAGCAAUCUUCUCAGUGUAUAUGCUGACAUGUCUGUAACAUGUAAGGAAUAUUAUGAUCCGAAUCGGUCCAUGUUGGAAUUGGUCUUUGCACCUGCAGAAGAAUGGAUUUCACGCAGUGACUCUGAUAUUAUUGAUGCCACGAUGAGUGAACUUUCAAGACUCUUUCCUGAUGAAAUUGCAGCAGAUCAGAGCAAAGCAAAAAUAUUGAAAUACCAUGUAGUUAAAACACCAAGGUCUGUUUACAAAACUGUACCAGACUGUGAACCUUGUCGUCCUUUACAAAGAUCUCCAAUACAAGGAUUCUAUUUAGCUGGCGACUACACCAAACAAAAGUAUUUGGCUUCAAUGGAGGGUGCCGUUCUAUCAGGAAAAUUUUGUGCACAAGCUAUUGUACAGGAUUGUGAGUUGCUUGCUGCCCGGGGGGAAGUGCUGGCUGAGGCAAGCCUUGUCUAACUCCACAAACACCAGAUGACUUGUUGUAGGCUUAACGUGGUGGAGCUGUUACAAGUUCAACAGAAGCUAAACAUAGAAACACCAAGUGAAGCUUUUCCAAAGAAGAAGCACAUGCUUAUUAUGUACCUAGUUGGUUACGUUCUGAUUACUUUAUACAUCAUUUGUAGCAAAUAUUGAUUAAUCAAGAUGUUUUAUACAUGGGCAUGGGUGUUUAA